AAGUUCCUAACAGAAAUGAAAGGAAAGGAAAGUAGAUGCUGAUCGAGUUUCCGUCGAGCUGCUCUUAUAACUUCUACUGGGGGACUGACAGAGUAAUUAGUCUGUAUAACUCAAACGGAUUGACAAACUCAGAUUAAAGUGGAAAAUGCGUCGACAUCUAACACACAAAUGGUCAUUUAGGAAGGAAAUGGACCUUAUUUGACACUUCUGUUGUGAUGAGACGUGGUGAGGUCAAAAAUUCAUCGAUACAGUCAUGUCAUCUGCUUGUGUCAACAUGGCAAGUACAGCAAACUACCUUUGGUCCCUGGAUGAUGUUCUUGGUCAGGGGGCGACAGCCAGCGUCUUCAAAGCACGAAACAAAAAAACAGGUGAGCUGGUGGCCGUGAAGGUCUUUAACUUGGUGAGCUACAAUAGACCGUAUGAGGUGCAGAUGAGGGAGUUUGAGGUGCUGCAGAGGCUCAAUCACGUCAACAUUGUUAAACUCUUUGCUGUGGAGGAGAUGCAUAUGAACCCGAAGCAGAGGGUUCUGGUGAUGGAGUUCUGUUCAGGUGGGAGUCUGCUGAACCUGCUGGAGGAGCCUGAGAAUGCGUUUGGACUUCCUGAAUCUGAGUUCCUCAUCGUACUGCAGUGUGUGGUCCAAGGAAUGAACCACCUGCGGGAGAAUGGAGUAGUACACAGGGACAUCAAACCUGGAAAUAUCAUGAGGCAAGUGGGUGAGGAUGGCCGCUCCGUGUACAAGCUGACAGACUUUGGUGCUGCCCGUGAGUUGGAGGAUGAUGAGAAGUUUGUGUCGAUAUAUGGCACAGAGGAGUAUCUGCAUCCGGACAUGUAUGAGCGUGCAGUAUUGAGGAAACCUCAGCAGAAAACGUAUGGUGUGUCUGUGGAUCUGUGGAGCAUUGGCGUCACCUUCUACCAUGCUGCCAGUGGCAGUCUUCCCUUCAUACCAUUUGGAGGCCCACGCAAAAACAAGAAGAUCAUGUACAAGAUCACAACAGAGAAGCCAGAGGGAGCCAUAGCAGGUGUGCAGAAGGUGGAAGACGGACCCAUUGAAUGGAGCUACCAACUGCCACAGAGUUGCCUACUCUCAGAGGGUUUGAAGACUCAACUGAUCCCAGUGUUGGCCCGCAUACUGGAGGCCAAUCAGGAGAAGUGUUGGGACUUUGUCAAGUUCUUUGCUGCUACCACUGAUAUCCUGAACCGCAUCACCGUCCACAUCUUCUUUCUCCAGCAGGCCACAACACACAACAUCUACAUCCACUUUCACAACACGGUCUCAAUCUUUUUUGAGGAUGUUCAGGCCCAAACUGGAAUUGAACCUGCGGCUCAACAGUACCUGUUUCAGGGUCAUCCUCUCAUAUUGGAGCCGAGCAUGAAAGUAGUAAACCUUCCUCCCACCAGUCCAGACCACCCUAUCAUUCUGAUCAGCCGACGACCAGAGAAAUUAGGAGGAUAUCCAUACAGAGAACCUGAAGCCCCCGCCAUGCCCACAAAGUUUGACAUCAUGGCAGAUUACUCUUUCUCCAAGAGCAUUGUUAGGGUCAUUCAUCAGUACCUGCAUAUAGCUCGCUCAUUUCAGAAGGACAGAGAACUGAUUCUGCAGGGGUUCUAUAGCUACAUUGAAAACACAGGCUUUGAAUGCAAGAAUGUGGCGAACAGGAUUGCCAUGGUGAAUAUGAAGCUGCUUUCUUCUAUCAGCACAGAGGCGAAUCUCAAUCGGUUCACUCAGAAGUUUGAACAUGAGUUUCCUGAGUUUAUAGACAAUAAGAAGCAGCUCCAACUGAUAGAAGAGGAUUUGCAGCGAAUGUACAGCACUGGAAUCAGAGAGUUCCAGAAUGAACUACAGCACCUGCACGUGAUGCUGUCUAAACACUCGGAGACACUGGCCCAGGAUAAGAGCAUCCAGAAGAUGGAGGUUUUGUUUGGGAAGAUUGUUGCAGUUCAUCAGCAUUAUUACAACGAUCGAGUGACAGGAAAGCUCAGCUAUAAUGACGAACAGAUUCACAAGUUUGAGAAGCUCAAUCUGGCUUCAUACAUAAGGAAAGUCAAGACUAUAUUCAAGGAUGACUGUUUGCAGAAGUACCAGGAUGUUCUGAUGGCUGCUGGGAGCUGGAACAGAGUUCUCUAUGAGAUGCAUACAACUCUCGAACAUUUUGGUGGUGUCCUGCGGCAGAGAAUUGCGGAUCUGCAUGUGUGUGAGGCCCAGCAGAACAAGGUUCUUGACAGAGUUGUGUUUAGAGCUCUCCACCAGCCAAUAGGAGCUGAGGGGGUGGAUGGACCAACAAAAGAUGAGCACAUGAUUCUCAAAAUGAACAGAUUAAAGGAUGAGAUGGAGGCUGUGGCACGGGAGCUGCAGAAUAACAACAAUAUGAUACAAAGCCUUUCUGUAGUUACUUCUACACUUCCAGUGGAGACAAAAAUACCUCAACCCAACAGACCAUGAAGACCUCAAAGACUACAGAAUGCAACACAAUGUCACAGAGCCCAGAUCUCUGAGCUAAAAGGAAAGAGAAAGCAAAACAAAUUAAAGACAACACAAAAUUGUUCUUAUUUAAACCUCUCUAACCCUAAACAACAGAUGAUUGGCUGUUACCAGGGCAGGCAGCUGAAAUUGCAUGAUGUGUCAUGCAUUUUUUCAAGUCAGUGUUAAUGUAAUUACUUACCUUUAUAUAGUAUAGUAGUAUGGAUUUAAACUGCCAAGAAGAAAGAAAUAUAGAUCAGUUUUAACUACUAGCUACAUCAGUUUUCCUGAGUUAUCUUGAGACUUAAAUAUUAAUGGCACUGUGCAUUCUGCUGACAAUAAUAGUGUCAUUAUUGCUUAGCCAUGGAAUAAAGAGAGAGGUGUUUAAUCUGCCAUGUGUAAUUGAUUCUGGUUUUGAGAGAUAACUGCAAGUAUUUAAUUAGUCCAUAUAAAUAGCAACUUAAUCACAAAACAUGGAGCUCUAAAAAACUUCUUUUUUUUUUUUUUUUGUUUGAGAGGAUUCAGCUGGACUUCUGAAAAAUCUGAAACAAGCAAAGAUUAUCAUCCUACAAAUACUGACUGUCAACAGACUCAUGUUACUACUUGAAGUGAAAGUAAAAUAUGUGCUGGGUGGGUUCUGAUGUCACAUUAUGGGGAAUUCCUUGUGCUGGGGGGACCUAUGGUGACCUUACGGAGACCACAUUGUGGUUCCGUUUUUAAGUUUGUUGUGUCGUGGAAUUUUAUCAACUUACCUUUUUUGGCAUAUUUGUAAACAGAUUUGUUAAAUGUUUUAUAUUUUUUUUAUCUUCACUUUCUAGUGUAAUUGGUACUUUGUAUACUUUGCACAAAUAAAAUGUUUUAAAAUU